AUGGAGUCGGAACAGAAGAAAUUCUUGGAACCAGUGCUAUCUCUUGAAAUUAACACUUCUUUCUUCAAAUCUAUGUCCAAGCUUGCUAAGUUUUCUAAAGAUGUGAUGACUAAUCAAAAAGAAUUGGAGAAAGCAUCUACAAUUGUGCUAAACGAGUCAUGUUCAGUUGCAAUCAUCAAUGGGUUGCAAAUCAAAAUGGGUGAUCCAAUCCAAAUAACUUUGCCUUGUGAAUUUGACAAUUCCACCUCCAUGAAAGCUUUAGCCGAUUGGGGGGCAAACAUAAAUCUUAUGCCAUAUGCUUUCUACAAGACGUUCAGUCUACCGAGUCUCCAAAACACAAAUAUGGCACUUCGAAUGGCGGAUCACUUAAUCAUUAACCCACAUGGAAUCAUUGAGAAUUUGUUGGUGAAAGUGUGGAAAUUUAUUUUUCUAAUUGAUUUUCUAGUAUUGGACAUGAAAGAAGACGAAGACCUUCCCAUAAUUUUGGGAAGACCAUUGUUGAGUACCGUAAGGGCCCUUAUUGACAUUCAUGACACAAAGCUCACACUUUGA